AUGUUACUCAGGCCAACAUUCCGGCUGAGCAGAACACUCUGCCAUUACAGUAGAGGAUACAAGACACAAGCCUGGUCAGAUGCAGCUCGUACCCGCAACGUCGGUAUCGUUGCCCAUAUUGACGGCGGGAAGACUACACUCACAGAAAGUCUUCUCUGUGCGUCUGGGAUACUGAAAAACAGAGGGAAUGUCGACGAGGGUACAACAAUCACUGAUUUUCUACCUGCAGAACGUGAACGCGGGAUAACGAUCCAAUCUGCGUCUGUACCGCUCGAAUGGAGAGACCACAGGAUUAACUUGAUAGACACGCCUGGACACGCAGACUUCGCAGUUGAAGUAGAGAGAGCAGUAAGGGUAUUAGAUGGUGGAAUUGUCGUACUCGACGCUGUAGAGGGUGUCGAAGCGCAAACGGAAGGCGUAUGGAAACAAGCGAAGAGAUACGAUCUCAACCCUAUGAUUCUAUUUAUUAACAAAAUGGACAGAAUUGGUGCAAACUUCAGCCAUUCUAUCAGAUCGACCAUCUCAAAAAUGCACACACGGCCUCUAGUAUUACAAUUACCUAUAUUCAACAAGAGCGGUGAUGGCCUUGACGGUGUAAUUGAUGUUUUGGGGGAUGCACCAGCUAGCACGCCCGCACAGGUACUCACUGAGAAACAAAGAGCACGGGAGUGUCUCAUAGAAUCCCUUUGUGAAGUCGAUAGCACACUUUGCGAUGAAUUUCUCGCUGUAGAAGAAUACGAUAAGGUGUCUGAUGAGCAGAUUAACCAAGCACUCCGGAGGAAGGUUUACAAGGGCGAAGUACUUCCAGUUUUAUGCGGGUCUGCCCUCAAGAAUAUUUCAGUCGAUAAGGUAUUGGACUCAAUAGUAAAUUAUCUGCCAUCACCAAAGGAUGUGCCUGCGUCACCCACAAUCAGUGGUGAGACUUACGCAAUUGGAGAUCCUAAAGUGAGCGCACUAGCCAUGGCUUUUAAGGUAGUCUGGGAUGCUCGCAAAGGGUGGCUCACCUGGGUGCGAGUUUAUGCCGGUUCACUCACCAAGCAGAAAACUCUCUGGAAUAGCACAAAUAACUCUAAGGAGCGCAUUAACAGACUACUUUUAAUGAGCGCAGAUGACAGCGUCGAAAUAGAUACACUUUAUGCUGGUCAAAUCGGUGUCUUGAUUGGUUGUAAGAAUACAAAGACAGGUGACACACUCACCGAUGCCCGCGACUCAAAGAUGACAAACGUCCAGCUGAGGAGCAUAACUAUACCUCCGCCUGUCUUUAGCGUCGCGAUCGAACCCGAGUCAUUGUCAGAUGAAGCUGCUGUCAGCGAGGCAUUGAAGUCGCUUGUACGUAGCGAUCCCUCACUUGUCAUCAGUGAAGCUUUCGAAAGCCACGCCGUAGGUGGAGAUGGUCAGACACUUCUUUCUGGACUUGGUGAACUUCACCUCGAGAUAAGCUACAGGAGAUUACGCGAAGAAUUCGGGGUUAGAUGCCGCAUGGGGCCAAUGCGAGUGGGGUACCUUGAGACACUUGCCAGUGAAACGAGUAUCACAAGAGACGAAGAGUAUGCACGCGAGGUGAAUAAAAAACCAACUCAAGCUGGUAUAACCAUAGAGAUAAGCAGAAGGGAAGAGUUCAGUGAGGAUGCUGGCAACAAUCUCGUUAUGGACAUUGGUGACCUCGGAAUGGAAUACCAAGAAGCUGUCAGAGCAGGUAUGUUGGCGGGUACAGCGCGUGGACCAACCCAAGGACAUCCAGUACGCGGAUUGGAGAUAAAGGUUUACAAUCCACGCAUAGUCGACAAAGACUUGUCACCACCAUCUGCCUUAACUGCUGCCGUGUCGCUCGCUAUUGUAAAGGCAAUAAGAGAGUUGGGUACCUCCAUAAUAGAACCUUUAAUGGACGUCUACAUAACAGCCUACGAAGCAGAUGUAGGACGGGUGAUUAGCGACGUGACGAGUAUUAGGAAUGGUAUAAUGAUGUCGAUGGAAGAGGAUAGUCAUUCUGAGGGUGUCGAUAGUGCUUCUAGUAGCUCAGUGUAUAUUCCGCCAGCAGUGGAAGCUUCAACGCGGUCAUUCGAAGGUGGUGACAAAGGGAACAGGAUGAAAGUGCAUGCACAAGUGCCACUAACUAAUAUGGUGGCAUAUUCAUCACACUUAAAUGCUUUGAGUGGUGGUAGCGGGACUUUUUCGAUGAAGGUCUGUGGAUGGAAGGAGACUACUAGUAGUCACACAGCUGUAUUGUAGAUAGAGAAAUGCAUAUAAAC